AUGGAGCUUCAGUUUUGGCCUGGUUUGGUUUCCCUCUUGGAAAAGCUGAAUGUUUGGAUGCUUUUGGUGGUCCUGGUCACCUUUCUUUUGAUUACUGACCUUGUGAAAAAGAGACGACCCAGGAAUUUCCCUCCAGGGCCACAGCUCUUUCCUCUUGUUGGAACCAUUGUGGACCUUAGGCAGCCCCUCCAUCUUGUGCUGCUGAAGCUUACUGCUCGGUAUGGGAACAUCUUCAGCGUGCAGUUUGGAAGCCUGACGUUUGUGGUAGUCAACGGGUACCAGAUGGUGAGAGAAGCUUUUGUCCACCAGGCUGAAAUAUUUACAGAUCGGCCAAAUAUUCCACUCCUCCAAGAAAUAUUCAGAGGCUUUGGGCUCAUAUCAUCAAAUGGGCAUAUUUGGAGGCAACAGAGAAAGUUUACUCUAGCAACACUGAAAAGCCUUGCUGUAAGUUUUGAGGAGAAAGUGCAAGAGGAGAGCCGGUACCUUGUGGAGACGAUUGAGGAGGAGAAAGGCCAGCCAUUUGACCCUCAUUAUAAAAUUAAUAGUGCUGUUUCGAACAUCAUCUGUUCCAUAACUUUUGGGAACCGCUUCGACUACCAUGACAACCGUUUCCAGGAAUUGCUGCACUCGCUGGCUGAAACGCUGCUGCUCAUCGGAAGCUUCUGGGGCCAGCUGUACAAUGCUUUCCCUUUCAUCAUGAGAUGGCUGCCAGGACCCUUUAGGAAAAUCUUCAAGCACUGGGAGAAACUGGAGUGCUUUGUAAAAGGAGUGAUCGCAAAGCACAAGGAGGAUUUGGACCAGUCUGAGGCAAGAGAUUAUAUUGACUGUUACCUGAAGGAAAUCGAAAAGUCUAAGGGUGACACCAGCUCAUAUUUCCAUGAGGAAAACCUCCUGUGCUCCACCCUGGACCUCUUCUUAACUGGGACUGAGACAACGGCAACUGCCAUCCGCUGGGCUCUGCUCUACAUGGCCACGUACCCCCACAUUCAGGAGAAAGUGCAACUUGAAAUCGACACGGUGAUCGGUCAAUCCCGCCAACCCACGAUGGCCGAUAAGGAGAACAUGCCCUACACCAGCGCGGUGCUGAGUGAGGUCCUGAGGAUGAGCAACGUUGUACCCCUGGGGGUGCCCAGGAUGUCCACCAGUGACACCACCCUGGCUGGCUUUCACCUGCCCAAAGGCACCACCGUGAUGACCAGCCUGACUUCGAUAAUGUUCGACAAAAACGUGUGGGAGACUCCCGACACCUUUAAUCCUGAACAUUUCCUGGAUAACGGCCAGUACAGGAGGCGGGAGGCUUUUCUGCCCUUCUCUGCAGGUAAGCGGGCUUGUCCCGGGGAGCAGCUCGCCAGGACCGAGCUCUUCAUCUUCUUCACAGCCCUCCUGCAGAAGUUCACCUUCCAGGCGCCAGAGGCUGCCACGCUGACCUUCGCCUUCACACUCAGCCUCACACGCUGCCCCAAGCCCUUCCAGAUCUGUGCACUGCCUCGGGACUGAGGCCAGCCUGCGGCUGCCCCCGACCCUCCCUGCUUCCCAAGUGUCGCAAUCAGCCCCAUAGAUUUGGGGCUGGAAUGAUGGGCCAUGGAUAUCAAGCACACUCUAAUAUGUGGGUGGCAGUGGGCAGGACAGGAGGGGCACAUAGAAUCAUAAUUUGGGAUGGAAGAGACCUUCAAAGGUCAUCUAGUCCAACCCCCCUGCAAUGAGCAAGGUCAUCAACUACAUCAGGUUGCCCAGAACCACAUCCAGCCUGGCCUCCAAUGCCUCCAGGGAUGUGCAUCUACACAUCCUGCACACUUCAAUGAGGACAACCCUAGCGGCUCUUCCCUCUAUCAGUUUAACAAAGUGCGAGAAUAUUAAAAGCCUUAUUACUUAAUUUCAGCCAUUAGCAACUUGCAGGAAGGUGUCUGCCAGCUGCAAAACCAUGGGCACAGUUGGGUCCAUGGCUUUUAAUUAAUUAAAAGCUGAUUAAAUAGGCACGAGUUAAUUAAAAAGGCAACUUGAAGAGAUUAAUUUUUUUUUUCCAUUUAUGCGACCAAGCAUUGAGGCUUAGAAAUGCAGUUUCCUGCGUGCUUUUGUUUGGAAGAUAGGCAUAGCAAAGAUUGCUUUUUUCCUCUCUUCUCCUCACCUUUCAUAAGAAGUGACUUUUCCCUGGGCACCCACGUAGGAUCCAGAAUAGUUAACAGGAAAAGAGAAUUAAAUACAGUUCCGUUUCCGCUGGCUUCAGCCUCCCUCUCCGGCAAUAAGCGCCUUUGCUGCGGUGCAAAGCAGUCCCUGUGCAGUGGCGGAUUUACGCCGCAUGGGAGAGUCCUUUGCCCAUCACAUCCUCACUACGCCGGGCACUCGAGGGUUUGUCGAUGAGUUGCUGCCCUAAGGUCACUACCUAAGGAUAAGACCUGCUGCAGUUUGAAUGGAUGGUUCGCGGUUACAGGCUCCGGUGGAUGGGGUUUUGCCUGGCUAAAAGAGAAAACAGACAAGAUCGGUGGCUUUUUUCAACUGUGAGGGUUUCAAAGCCAUUCAGGACUAGGUGCUGGUUUCUCUCCACUCUGGCAUAGGUCUGACCUCUGGUUUGACACUACAGCUUGUAUUACUUGCACUGGUUUAGCAAAUAAAUGUUGAUCUCUU